AUGAGCCAGUUUAGCGGAGCCAAAGGGCAAGCCGCUGGUGAGAAGGAGGCGGCGGAGCCCAAGCGGCAGAAGCCCCCGCUCAGAAAGCGGAUCCUCUCCUCCCUCUCCCGGAGGUCCGGCACUGCCCACCCAUGGCACGACCUCGAGAUCGGCCCCAGAGCUCCGGCGGUGUUCAACGUGGUGAUGGAGAUCACCAAGGGCAGCAAGUUCAAGUACGAGCUGGACAAGAAGAUCGUCAUCGUCUCUGUCAGGAUCGGGGUCCCGACACUCUACUCCUCCGUGGUGUACCCUCACAACUACGGAUUUGUCUCACGCACCCUCUGCGAGGACAACGAUCCCAUCGACGUCCUCGUCCUCAUGCAGGAACCAGUCCUCCCCGGCACCUUACUCCGGGCCAGGGCCAUCGGCCUCAAGCCUAUGAUCGAUCAGGGAGAGAAGGAUGACAAGAUCAUAGCCGUGUGCAUAUGUCGCUCCAGAGGCGGCUGUCAUUUUGAGUCGAUCUCGUAUGCUCUAUAG